AUGGGCUGCUCCUACAACAACCACAGCUGCACCAACAACAAUUACGACAGCAGCGACAACAACAACAGCUGCACCAACAACAACCACGACUGCAGCGACAACAACAACAGCUGCACCAACAACAACCACGACUGCAGCGACAACUACAACUGUCCCAACAACUACCACAGCUGCUCCUACAACAACCACCACUGCUCCAACAACAACCACAACUGCAGCGACAACUACUACAGUCGGUCCAACAACAACAACAACUGCUCCAACAACAACAACCACAACUGCUCUAACAACAACCACAACUGCAGCGACAACAACCACAACUGCUCCAACAACAACAACAACAACAGCUGCUCCAACAACAACUACAACUGCUUCAACAACAACCACAGCUGCACAAACAACAACCACGACUGCCCCAACAACUACCACAGCUGCACCUACAACAACCACCACUGCUCCAACAACAACCACAACAACCACAGUUGCUCCAACAACAACCACAACGGCUGAAACAACAACCACAACUGCAGCGACAACAACAACAGCUGCUCCAACAACAACCACAACUGCAGCGACAACAACCACAACUGCCGCGACAACAACCACAGUUGCUCCAACAACAACCACAACGGCUCAAACAACAACCACAGCUUCAUCAACAACAACCACAACUGCAGCGACAACAACCACCACUGCCCCAAUAACAACAACAGCUGCACCAACAACAACAACAACUGCCGUGACAACAACCACAGCUUCACCAACAACAACCACAACUGCUCCAACAACAACCACAACUGCCGCGACAACAACCACAACUACUCCAACAACAACCACAACUGCAGCGACAACAACAACAGCUGCUCCGACAACAACUACAACUGCCGCGACAACAACUACCACUGCUCCAACAACAACCACAACUGCAGGGACAACUACCACAGUCGCUCCAACAACAACCACAACUGCUCCAACAACAACCACAACUGCUCCAUCAACAACCACAAUUGCUCCAACAACAACCACAACUGCUCAAACAACAACCACAACUGCAGCGACAACAACAACAGCUGCUCCAACAACAACCACAACUGCUCCAACAACAACCACAACUGCCGCAACAACAACCACAACUGCUCCAACAACAACCACAACUGCUCCAACAACUACUACAGAUGCUCCUACAACAACCACCACUACUCCAACAACAACCACAGCUGCAGCAACAACAACAACAGCUGCUCCAACAACAACCACCACUGCUCCAACAACGACCACAACUGCUCCGACAACAACCACCACUGCUCCAACAGCAACCACCACUGCUCCAACAACAACCACAACUGCUCCGACAACAACCACCACUGCUCCAACAACAACGACAACUGCUCAAGCAACAACCACCACUGCUCAAACAACAACCACAACUGCUCCAACAACAACCACAACUGCACCACCAACAACCACAACUGCUCAAACAACAACCACAACUGCACCUACAACAACCACAACUGCACCAACAACAACCACACCUACAGUCGCUCCAACAACAACCACCACUGCUCCAACAACAACCACAAGUGCACCUACAACAACCACAACUGCUCCAACAACAACCACAACUGCAGCCACAACAACAACAGCGGCUCCAACAACAACCACUACUGCUCCAACAACAACCACAACUGCUCCAACAACUACCACUCCUGCUCCAAUAACAACCACCACUGCUCCAACAACAACCACAACUACAGCUCCAACAACAACCACAACUGCUCCAACAACAACCUCAACUACAGCUCCAACAACAACCACAUCUGCUCCAACAACAACCACCACUGCUCCAACAACAACCACAAGUGCUCCAACAACAACCACCACUGCACCAACAACAACCACCACUGCUCAAACAACAACCACAACUACACCAACAACAACCACCACUGCUCCAACAACAACCACAACUGCAGCGACAACAACAAUAGCUGCUCCAACAACAACCACCACUGCUCCAACAACAACCACAACUGCUCCAACAACAACCACCACUGCUCAAACAACAACCACAACUGCACCAAC